AUGGUUAAUGAUAAGGGUCACGAGGGUUAUAAUGAUGGUCAGAAUAAGUGUCACAAGGGUCAGAUUACGGAUCAUGGUGUCAUAUGGGGCUAUAUGACGAAUUUCUUCAGAUUUUUAGAAAACUUUUUGACAGCUAAGAAACGUGAAAUCAGAAAAAAAGUGAUAACGUACUGUUUCCCUGGAAUUUUUGUUACCCAAACUUUUUAUAAAUGUUCCAGUGAAGUUUCAUCGUUGACAUGGGGUCACAAUGAUAGACGGCUCUUCAUUGCGACCGGGACACGCGUUCAUACUGCUUGGGUAUCAAGACGUGUUGGAUCACUUCAACUGCUCUCUAGAUUGGCUGUGAGAGCAGCUCUAAUACAUGAAUCAAGCGUUGAACAACUUCCUUUACCUCCAAGACUACGGGCUUUGGUUGUAGCUCUUUUCGCUAAUACAAUACGAUCAUGUGUACCUGAGGCACAAGAAUUGAGAAAGUUUAUUUCUCGACCACCAAGCACAGGUGGUAGACUCCACUGUACAAUGCUCCGACAUGCCGGUGAGCCAGCUCCUUGCUACACACUUUAUCUGGAAUACCUUGGUGGUCUGGUGCCACUUCUAAAAGGUCGUCGCACAAGCAAAAUUCGACCGGAAUUUGUUAUCUUUGAUCCGCAGAAUCAAGACAAUGUACACACGGUUGAUUAUACGUAUCAAUUGCCUUUUUUUAGUGAUGGCUCUGACACAGAAAAAGAUAUAGGAGAUGCGUAUGGUUCACCAAGGAUUAAGCGAAAACAUCACAGGAAGCGAGACGAUAGAACAAAUGAUGAGACUGAUGAUUUGAAAUAUAUAGACACUUUACCUGAACACGCGAGACUGGUGGAAGUUACAUCAAAUAUUUGGGGAACCAAAUUCAAAAUUCACGGUCUAACAGAUUCAGUUCCUGCCAAUUUAGGGCAAGUGACAUAUCGAACUUCACUAUUACAUCUACAACCACGACAAAUGACUUUAGUGAUGACAGAAUUACGGGACGAUUUGCCUGCAGGUCCAGAUCCUAGUUUCAAUCCGAAUCUCUUUUCUGAAGAUGAGGAAGAAUCAUUUCAAGCCAGUCAUAGUAUAUCAAGGAAAUCGUCUGAAGCAGCACCGCCACUCAUAGCCCCUAUGACACCACGAAAUGGUCGGGUGAACAUAAAUCGCCCAAAAUCUCAAAACUCUAGUCAAUAUAUUACGCCAGAUCCACUUAUGUCACCUGUAGUAGCGCAAGCUGACACUUAUGAUGAUUUUUCAUAUAUCGAUGUUCAAGAAGUGAUGGAUAUAGGUGAAAACGUUCGCACACCUUCCAGCAGUUUUAAAACGUCUAAACAUCAUCCGCCUCGGUGUUGUGAUGUCCCCACUUUACAGUCGCCUAAAAAUUCCGUUGCUCCAACCCAAACAUUGAUAGCAACUUCUAAUUCCAAUACAGAUUAUUCUAAUAAUAUUCAAAGAGUGAAAACUACACUCGCUGAUCAACACAUGAUCAGAAAAGAAUCAGGAAAUAAUAAAAUUAAUCAAGCUGAGGACAAAGUAACUUUAGCUAGCUGUCCCGCCGAUAUUAUUUCUACAUCCCUUCAGAAUGGACAGAAUAGUGCUUUACGGCAAAGUUCGAUGAUUACGAGCCACAGUUCUCCACCUCAACAAAUUCACCGGAAUUCCUCAAGUGUUUCGGGUUCAGUGCUGCCGAAUUAUAACGCACACUAUAUCAAUAUGAAAAAUAAUCAGAAAUCAGGAUGUUUGAUAUCUCAUUUGAAUGCUUCCUCAUCCAAUUCUCAAUUAUGUUCAGCGCCCAAUAAUUUCUCAAAAAAUAUACGUGGUCCUCCUAGUAGCUUGAAUUCACCUCCAAGUUCACGUCAACAAGUCACUGGAAAUUAUUGCUCUACGUAUAGUGAGUGUCCCUCGAACAAACGGAAAGAUAAUAAAAUUACUGGGUGCUGCGGAAAAUCGAAUUGUAAUUCGAUGUAUCAAUUCACUGUAACAUCACAGAAGAAUGAAGACUUGAAGUUCAUCGAUGAAGAGUCAAGGGAAACCGAUUUCAUGCAAACUACUGGAGUAGGUCGUACCUCGACGGUUAUUAGCAUUGGCCCAAUGUGUCCACCGUUAGAUCCUAUCAUUAGAAGUUGCAGUGUUGGUUACUUAGAUCUGGUGGAUACUCCAAUGAUACCCUGUGAGAUUGCAUUGAAGAUGUUGCGGAAAGAUGCUCCAAAUAAACGACUUGUAUUAGUGUCUCAGAAAACUAGAAAGAGAAGGAAAAAUGACGGAUAUGAGAUUGGUCAACAGUGUAUGAAAUUGAAACUGAAAACAUGCGGAAAAUCUAAAAGUUUAGAUUCCAGUGAUGUGUUUCCAAGCACCGAGCUUAUUUCUCUUCCGCCCCAGCUUCCGCAUCAUGUGGAAGAAACCUCACGUCAAAUGCCAGAGGUAUUAGAAAAUGUUUCUCAUGAAGCAAUUCAUCAGGUUUAUCAAGACGGUGAAACGGAAAAAAGAAAAGACGAUGUAUACUCCCUUGUUGAAGCUAAACUUAGUGGUUCGUUAUCAUCGUCAUUGGAUGGACUCGCAGCAAGAUUACGUGAUUUCGGUGAUACUCAUAGUUUACCUCCACUUUCCCCGCACCUGACCACGAGACUACCACGUAGUUCACCAGGCAGUCCUGCUCCAUCCAAGAAAGAAAAAAGACCGGCCUCAGCAUCACCUAUCAGACGCAAACUUUUAUCAAGUCCACUGUUGAAUAGGCGAAGUAGAAAGAAUCGGGGAGAGAGCUCCGAUGAUGAGGGCCAAUGCCAGGAUGAAUCACCAAAAAGUUAUAGAAAUCUGGAAACCUUCCAGAAAGCCCAACUCCGUCAAAAGUUGAAACUAAAAGCAAUCAGUGCAUCAGGUCAUAAGGCUGAGGAGCUCGUGAUGCAUAAUAAAGCUCCAAUGUGGAACGAAUCGAGUCAAGUUUAUCAACUUGAUUUUGGUGGUCGCGUUACGCAAGAAAGUGCUAAGAAUUUCCAAAUUGAAUACAGAGGAAAACAGGUUAUGCAGUUUGGACGCAUAGAUGGAAAUGCUUACACUUUGGAUUUCCAGUACCCGUUCAGUGCGCUCCAAGCAUUUUCCGUUGCUCUGGCGAAUGUGACGCAACGGCUCAAGUAA